AUGAUGGGGGAGACGGCUACGACCUCGCGUACCAUCGAUGAUGAGCUGCUGUGGUACUGCUCGUACGGCAGCAACCUGUCCCGCUCGCGCUUCAUGACCUACAUCUCCGGCGGGCGAGCGGCGGGGUCGAAGGUGGUCCACGAGGGAUGCCGCGACAUAACGCCACCACUGGACGACCGCCCGUUCCUCCUGCCCUACGCGCUCUCGUUCCCGCUC